UGCCUGGUGCCUUUGUGCAAUUCGAGGCAAUGGAAGCUGCGGAGACUGCUUUAACAUGGAAUGAAUGCACCAUGCUUCAUGGACGCUGGUUGAGAAUUGAAAGAUCUAGAGGAAGGAGAACUGCCUGCCUUGGACUUCGUGACGGAAUGCCCAUCACACCCACGGAGGUGCUUCAGGUCCUCAAGGGCAAAGGCCCUCUCGAGGUCUACAGCAUUGUGGCCACUCCGUACUUCUACGACCCCUGGAUGAACGUGUACACCUACACAUAUGUCUGCAAUGUGACAUUCGCCUAUGUUGACGACUGUAAGGAUGCAAUCAAGUACUUCAAAAACGACUUCAGAUACUAUAUGAUCCUCCUCGACGUUGACGGGAACCCCCUGCUCCCCACCGUCCCAGAUUCCAACUCCAACUCCAACUCCAACCUUAUGGAGGACCUAGUAGGCAAAGCACCCGAAACCCCACGCAGCCAAGACGUCCUCUACGAAAUUCGCGACAAGGGCAAUGUCUGGUAUCCGGAUCAAGUUGGAAGGAAGGUUGAAAAAUACGUCCGGACCGCCUACGAGCAAGGCGAGGACGAUCUCGACGAUGAACAGAUCAUGUCCGUGGUCCAGGAUCUGGAAAAGUACCAAAAGACGAAGGGUCGGUUGGGUGAUUGGUAUAAUGGAGAUGUGCCGAGGCACUGGGAGAUGCAGCCAGCUGCUCCUCCAGCCCCUACGACUGAGGAUUCCUCGGAGAGCAGUCAAUCCCUCGAUGGUAGUGAGGAUGUUUCUAAGGCGGCGGAGGUAGAGGAUAAAAAUGCAGAAGGUGAUAAAGAGAAGGACGAAAUGAAUGACAAUGAUAACGAAACCGACAAGAAUGAUGGGGAUACGAAGGGCAAAGAUGAUGACAAGAAGGAUGUCGACGGUCCCGAGAAGACGAACGACUCUGAUUCCGACGGAAACAAUACCAAAGAGGACCCAAGGACCGAGAAGUUGAACAACUGAACUGGAUGGUUUGGAAUUGGACGAUUUGGGAAUUAUCGGGUUUAUCAUGAACGGGAUUUGGAGUACUAAGUGAAAAGAAAUUGAUCAAAUUGUGUUUUGUAUUUGGCGUUAUGGAACGGCGUUAUGGGAAUGGAUUUAAUUGAAAUAUAAAAAUU